AUGUCCUUGCGAGCUCCAACCGACGCGUGCGGAAGGACGAGCGAGCCGAAAGUUCUGCGCGGCGGGAAAUAUCUCCGACACCACGCCAAGAAACUGCCAGGCGAUUUGACAAAACUUUGGUUUUGGACGUGUAUGCGUGUGUGGUCGCCCGUACGCACACCUCAACUCACAACCGCCCUUCUUACAUGCGUCGCCUACCUACCUGUCAAUGGGAGGACGAGGGAUGCGCAAGAGGCUGCGUUUCUCCCUUCCCCCCGCAUUGGUCGAGUCCCCGACUCUGCCGUCUGUCAGAAGCCGAUUCGUUCAUGGCCUCUGAAAGAUGUACCGGUAUCCGUCGGCAGGUCAGGAUAUGUGGUGUCACUCCUGUUCUGUUCGGAUAUUGUCAUCCCACCGGCCGGCCGUAACAGGCGCUCAGUUGGUGUACCCGAGUCAACUUUUUGGGAAAGUCAAGGGUCUAGGCCGUUCGAGCCAACGAGCGUAGGAGAGAAAACGGGCUCUUUGAGCGGAAAAGGCGUGCGGAUGUACGUGCUCCCGUGCCCGCGUGUUGUUCUACGGAAGGUUGCAAUGCAGGAUGACUUUUGGGGGGUCAUGAGGGGGCAAGAGUGGGAGAAUAUGGGGGAGCAUUUUGGAGACACUCAAAGACAGAGAAAGCGGAAUGCGGGACUCGGGAGGGGACAACUUGAGCUUGUUUUUGCGCCGCGUGUCUCCCGUGCCUCCCGCACACCUCUUUCUGACUCUCGAUCUUCGACUCUGAAGCGUCAAUGGUGGAAGUUAUCCCGUGCCUACUCUUCUCUUGGAUCUUCCGUACAAGUUGUGUAUUCGCCGUUGGAAACAACAAGAAAAGCCAUUUCCGUUCAAAUCGCCUCAUCUCCACAGAGAAGAAAAGUUACACACGCUGAACAGGAAUGGGUGCCUGGAAUGUCACUGCAAGAAAUGUCUCGGGGCAAGAUGCCCUCUUCCCUCUCGCCUCGCUCUACCCCCGUUCCCGUCCCACCCCUCCUUUUCGACAUCGUUCCUCACGAUGGGAAGGCCUGUCUGUGUUCCCCGGCAGAGUGCCGCGGGCCGCGAGUGGAUGUGCUGGGGUGGACGGGGAGAGGGGCAUGGACAUGGGCAUGGCAUGACAUGGCAUGGCAUACUGCCGAAUGCAGCUCGCUUCUCACUUUCUUUCUCGUCUCGCGUCUUGAUGUGCAGCUAAGCGGCGGCGCAAGGGCGAGGCUAAGCCGCAUCCUGCAUAUAGUCUACUGCAAGACGAGAGAGGGCGCUUCCUGCUCAUCUAUGAUUGUUGCUUUUUUCACUCUCUUCGUCGUUCUUCCCCUUGAACCUCGUUUCUUCUUCUCAAGUUCACUUCCGGGAGAGGGCUUGGGCUGCAUGAGCUCUUCUCGCUUCCUCUCCGAACUCCCUGUCUCUGAUUCCUUCAUCCUUCUUCUGCCGUUCAACAUUCUUUCCUUCUCCUCGAACCGUGUCCGACUAAUUCUUAUUUCUCUUACUCUCGAAAGACCUUGUUUACCCCCUCGUAAGGUCAUUGCGGAUUCAACUUCCAAACGGUCGAUAAACAAGCAUAAAUCCUUCUUUGUCGUUUUCCCCUUGGAUCACUUUGGGGCUUGGGGGAACUCGAAAAACCACACUGCCACCUCUUCCCCUCUCGACAUCGUACCCAGUCCUCCUCACAACUCCCUCCAAACAGCGCCUCAACUACCUCCCGCCUCAAAAGAGAACACAAAAGAAACACAUACACACACACACACAAUGUGCCGCCUCGUGCUCUUCGCGGGCACCUGCACCCGCUGCAACGAAUCCCUCACCUGGGCCGACCUCUCCCAGCAGCUCUCGUGCCUCGAGGCCAAGAACGCCGACAAGUUCGGCUCGUGUCGGCGUGGCGUCGACGUCGAGACACACGCCUUUGACCAGGAAUGCGACGCCUGCGCCGGCGAGGACGAAGGCGUUGCCGGUAUGGACUUUGGUGAGCAGGAUUUUCAGCAGUAUCAUCAUCAAUAUCAGCAGUAUCAGCAAUACCAACACCCGUCAUCAGCAGCAUACACAGCAGCAGGAUCGUCGUCAUCGGCGUCAAUACCACAACCCGGCUCGAGCAAGAGGGGCCGGGACGAAGGGGAGGGAAGGAAGAAGAAGAAGGCGAGGACGCGUUUGGUGUUCGACAUGGAAUACAUACAUAAUGGCAUUGGGGACUUCAGGACUCGGGAUACCACGGACGCGAUGGCACAUGACGCAUACGACGACGAUCAGGACAAAAGGGCGGGCAAUAAUGUUAUUUCUGGGUGGGUACACUGGACUUCAAGGUCACAGUGGCGUGGCGAUUGGGAGGGGCUCCUAGCGAGGGGAUCCGCGCCUCUUGGCAUGCGGGUAAUGUACGACACGUCUCGCAUGCUCCCUCGCGGGCAUCGAGAGGUCACGAUGGAUUGCUCUUUGACAAGAGAAGAAUUCACAGUUAAUACAAAAGCGCAAUCGGUUUCGCAGCAUGAGCCCUCGUUUCAAUACCCCAUCCAUUGUCCUGCUAUCGAGGUUCUCCUGGAGUGUGCCAGGAUUUCUUCCACUACUUAUUUGACAACUCCAGCCUCCCACGAUGCCAUUUAUCAGCCUACAAGAAGCUCAUACGAGAGCAGAUUAGGUCGUUCUGGAAGUUAG